AUGGCAGGGCUGAUGGUUGCAGGAGCAUUUCUUACACCUGUCAUUCAAGUCAUUGUUGAGAGGGUUGCCUCAGGAGAAUACAAAGAUCUCUUCAGUAAACGCUUGGUGGAAAAACUUGAAAUCACAUUGAAUUCUAUUAAUCAAGUGUUGGAUGAUGCAGAGAGAAAGCAAUAUCAGAACCCAAAUGUGAAGAUUUGGCUUGAUCGUAUAAAACAUGAGGUAUAUGAAGUAGAUCAGUUGUUGGAUGAGAUUUCUACAAGUGCACAACGAAAGAGUAAGGUUAAACACUUCUUUUCAUCUCUGACUAAUCAGUUUGAAUCUAGGAUAAAAGACUUGCUAGAUAAGUUAGAAUAUCUUUUAAAGCAAAAUGAUGUGUUGGGAUUGAAAGAAGGAACACAUGCUCGUAAUGAACUUGAAGUCGAUCCAGAAUCUUCAAUAAGAGUUCCAACGACGUCUUUGGUGGAUGAAUCUAGAAUAUGUGGUAGAAAAGAUGAUAAAGAGAAAAUUAUCAAUUUCUUACUUUUAGACAAUGGUAGUGAUAGCAACCAAGCACCAAUAAUCAGCAUAGUGGGUCUUGGUGGGAUGGGUAAGACCACCCUUGCUCAGCUUGUCUACAAAGACCACAGGGUGCAAAAGAACUUUGAACUUAAAGCUUGGGUCUAUGUUUCAGAAUCAUUUGAUGUUAUUGGACUCACUAAAGCAAUUCUCGAGUCAUUUGGUUCUUCAACAAACACUGAAAACCUAGAUCUACUCCAAUGUCAACUGCAGGAAAAGAUAACAGAAAAGAAAUGUUUGCUUGUUCUAGAUGAUAUCUGGAAAAUAAACUGGGAAAAUUGUGAGAAGUUACUAAUUUUCUUUAACGAAGGAUCUUCUGGAAGUAAGAUUAUUGUGACAACACGAAAUAAGGAGAAUGCAUUAGCCAUGGAAUCUGAGUUAUUUGAAUUAGAUCAACUGGGGGAGAGUGAUUCUUGGAGUUUAUUUGAGAGACAUGCUUUUCCCAACAAAAAAGGGAGUGAAUAUCCAGAUCUUGAACCAAUUGGAAAAAGGAUUGUAGGCAAGUGUGGAGGGUUGCCGUUAGCCGUGAUAACAAUGGGGAAACUCUUGAGAGCAAAAUUCUCCAAAAGUAAAUGGAUUGAAAUAUUGGAGGAUGAUAUGUGGGGUUUAUCAGAGAAAAACACUGGCAUAAAUCCAGUACUGAGACUGGGUUACCAUAAUCUUCCUUCCAAUUUGAAGCCUUGUUUUGCAUACUGUUCCAUAUUUCCCAAGGGAUAUGAGUUUGACAAGAACAAGUUAAUCCAAAUGUGGAUGGCAAAUGGUUUGUUGAAUUCCUACAAAAGUGACAAAAGUAAAGAAGAGUUGGGUAGUGAAAUAUUCAAUGUUCUUGAGUCAAUUUUAUUUUUCCAAAGCUCACUAGAUUUUUAUGGUCGUUUUAUCAUGCACGAUCUUGUCAAUGACUUGGCAAAAUCAGUGUCUCGAGAGUUUUGCUUACAAGUAGAGGAUGAUAAGAAGGUAAAUCACAUAUCUAAAUGGACACGCCACAUUUGGUUGUCUUUUGAUUCAGAAGAUGGUGAUAGAAUAUUAAAGCACAUUUAUAGAAGCAAGGGAUUACACAGCUUGUUGGUAGACCCACGCAGUGGCAAUUGCACCUGGAUAAAUAACAAUGUGCAAUGUGAUAUAUUUUCAAAAUUAAAAUAUUUGCGGAUGUUGUCAUUUCCUGGUUGUUGGUAUUUACUCAGAGAGUUAGAGCUAGCAGAUGAGAUAGGCAAUUUAAAGUUUUUGCGCUAUCUAAACGUGUCUUGGACAAGUAUUAAAAGGUUACCUGAAUCUAUUUGUAAGCUUUGCAAUUUGGAGACACUGAUAUUGGAAGGGUGUUCUAAUUUGACUGAAUUUCCUUUAGAUUUUUGUAAACUUGAUUGUUUACGUCAUAUUAAUCUGAAAGGAACUGCAAUAAAGAAGAUGCCAAAGAACAUAAGGAAACUAAACCAUCUACAAAUAUUGACUAACUUUGUUGUGGGAGAGCCAAAUGGAUCUGAUAUUGAGGAGUUAGAAAGUCUUAAUCUUCAAGGAAAACUCCGUCUUUCAGGAUUGAACAAUGUCAGUAAUCCAGCACAUGCUGUUGAGGCCCGUUUGCAAGAUAAGAAGUCUUUAGAAAAAAUACGCAUGACAUUUGAUUUUGAAAAAGAAGAAAUUGAUGGUUCAAUAGUGGAAAACAAUGAGUUUGUCUUGAAGGCCCUUCGACCAAAUAACAAUCUGAAAAGGCUCACCAUUAAGAACUACAAUGGCAAUAUGUUUCCAACUUGGCUAUGUAGUUGUGAUUUACCCAACUUAGUAUCUCUUAAACUGCAUAACUGUAAAGGAAUAAAGAUCUUCGGCAAUAACUCAACAAAUGUUCCGUUCAAGUUCCUUGAAGUAUUGAAAUUUGACUGCAUGUCUGAAUGGGAGGAAUGGUUAUGCAUCGAAGGGUUUCCACGGCUUAAAGAGCUUUUUAUAAGACAUUGUCCCAAAUUGAAAGCGGCACUGCCUUACCAUCUUCCUUCAUUACAGAAAUUGGAGAUUAUUGGCUGUGAAAUGCUAGAUGUAUCAAUUCCCAAUUGUGUUAAUAUCAUAGAGUUAGAUCUACAGAAUUGUAAUAAAAUUUUGAUAAAUGAGUUGCCAUCCAGCUUGAAAACGUUUAUCCUUUGUAAUAUUCAGUACGUUGAGUUCUCCAUGGAUCGUUUAAUCAAGUGCCCCUUUCUGGAAGAGUUGGUGUUGGAUUUCAAGGACUUUGUAGAAUGUCCUUCUUUGGAUUUUUGUUGUUAUAAUUCUCUUUGUGAAUUAUCAAUAACAGGAUGGAAGUUCCCCUCCUUGCCUUUUUCACUACACUUGUUCAGCAAUCUUCAUUCUCUAACGCUGUCUAAUUGUCCAAAACUGGAAUCUUUUCCUAUGGGAGGCUUCCCUUCCAACUUGAGCUUCCUUAAUAUAGACAGUUGCCCAAAGCUAGUUGCUUUGAGGGAGACGUGGGGCUUGUUCCAAGUCAAUUCUCUGAAAUACUUUGCAAUUAGUGAUGACUUUGAAAAUGUGGAGUCCUUCCCCGAGGAGAAUCUACUGCCGCCAGAUCUUGUUUCUUUUUAUUUGUUAAAUUGUUCAAAAUUAAGAAUAAUAAAUUGCAAGGGUUUUCUCCAUCUCAAAUCUCUCAUCUAUCUAUCUAUUUGGAGCUGCCGUAGUCUUGAGCGUUUGCCAGAGAAGAGUCUACCCAACUCUCUUGUAAAGUUGGCAAUUAGUGAUUGUCCGAUAGUUAAGGAGAAGUACAAAGUGGAUGGAGGAGAGCGUUGGCAUACAAUUAGUCACAUUCCUAAUGUGAGGAUUGACACUAUUCAGCAGCAAUAG